CACAAACGACUCAGUCUUUAUCCUGACGCUCAGCAGAAUGGUCUUCACUAAUAAGGUUGUCUUAAUAACUGGUGCUAGCAGCGGCAUUGGUGCUUCUUGUGCUCUUCGAUUUGCUGCAUUAAAUGCCAACUUAGCUUUAGUCGGUAGGAACGUGAAAAAUCUUAACAACGUUGCUGGUAAAUGUGAAGAAUUAAAAGGAAAUAGACCCCUUACAAUUAAAGCUGAUAUUAGCAUAGAUGAAGAUGUCCAACGGAUUAUUGUAGAUACAAUAAAUCGCUAUGGAAAGCUAGAUGUACUUGUUAACAACGCCGGAAUUCUCAUCAUGUCAGGUAUUACAGGCGAUAUAAAGAACUUCGACAAAAUGAUAGCAACAAACAUCCGUGGGACAUAUCUACUCACUCAGAAGGCAGUACCUUAUUUGCUGGAAACCAAAGGUAACAUUGUAAACGUAUCAAGCGUCGUCUCUAUGAAGCCUGUACCCGGUAUGAUGGCAUAUUCCAUGACGAAGGGAGCCAUGGAUAUAUUCACCAAGUGCACAGCUUUGGAACUUGGCCCGAAAGGUGUGAGAGUGAAUAUGGUAAAUCCAGGACCAGUUAAUACGAACCUGUUCACUGCUAACUCGCUCAGCCCCGAUCAGAAAGAGCAAUUCCUUGAAAAAAUAAGUGAACUUUUACCUUUAAAGAAACUUGUAAAAUCCGAUGAUGUGGCCAAGCUCAUUUCGUUUUUGGCCAGUGAAGAUGCCAACUGUAUCACGGGAUCGAGUCAUAUAAUUGACUGUGGAGUAAUGCUAGGGGAUCCAUAUGCCUAAUUUAGAAACAAAGUGUGUUUCGUUUGUUGCACGAAUAGACCGUUGAAACACAGGAAGUUAAAUGAGAUGUAGUAAACGUCGCAUCAUACAUACAAUCCGCUGACUCUGCGACCCACAUUGUGUCAUAAAACCCAUAAUUUAUUAUUUGGCAUAUAAAAAUGUUAUGUAUUUCAUACCUCAAAUAAAUAAAUAAUUUUCUUGUAACAUUUAUCUGUUGAUAAAUAUACAUACAUUAAUACGAUUAUAAAUGUUAUUCUAUUAAACAAGAGAACCGAAAUACUUCAGUCAGACAAUAGAAGACAAAAUGUUUUGAAUGUCCUCUCAAAUAACAAAUGUAGGCCCGAGAUAGAAACAUCCCGCGGUCUGCAAUCGCUAACAUUAAGAUAAAACCCACAAUUCUUGAAGUAUUUUCUCCGAAUUCCGUUCUUUUGGAGGUGUGAAAUGUGUGGAGCCUUAUCGCAACCUCCCUUCAGGACCAAUUUAAUGUUAUCUCCCGUUAAUUUUCACCCAUAAUUUCGCCUCAUUAUUUAAACCGGCUUUCUUCGCUUGAAUAUUUUUGACGUUGAUUGAAUUAAUUUAUGAAUUGUGAAAGUGUUUUGGGAAAUAAAUAUUUUUUUCUAGAGAUAUUUAUCAAAAUAUAUUCGUAGUAAUUGUAUUAAACUUUGGUUAAAUUUUGAUUUUAAGUAAUUUAGUGAUUAAAAAGAAUAAACGUUCAUUUAUUAUUAUUCUUUAUCGAAAAAAUUAAUCAUAAAGAUGAACAACACAGCAUGUAUAACACGCCUACGUAUAGGUACAUUGUAAAAUAAUAAUCUAAAACUCAAUAUAAUGCUUUAAACAUAUUUUUCAAAGAACUAUAUAAUUCAAUAUAUAUUUUAAUUAUAUUAAACGAAAUAUUCCCCAAUUCGCUGACUUAUCUUGAACGCUUGCCAGGUUCCCAAUAUAUUGGACAUCCUAGGCCCAAGAGACUGAAAAGUGCGUGGUUACAAAAAUUCUUGUUCGAUGUAUAAAAACUGUCUUUAAUACGAUUCAAUAAGGUUCAAAACGAAUUGCGUUAAAAACAACUUGGUAAGAACGAACUAUCAACGUUUAUAUCCGCCGGACCAUACAUCGUUUUACGAGUAAUUUGUGUGGAGCGUGUUAAGAAUAAUACAACACUUGUCAAAUAUUGCAUCUGGGUCUGAUUUUCAUAUGAAAAUCGACUGUUGACAGUUUAGAUUAGAAUCUAAAUUGUAUUCUCGAAUAAAAAUGGCCAGUAUUUA